ACACACACACACACACACACACGCUCUGUCUCUCUCUCUUUCCAUCUGUCUUUCUUUCUACCUCUCAGUCAGUAAUAAUGGAGCCCAGCAGUCCGAAGAAGAUCCAGUUUGCUGUUCCUCCGUUGCAGGGACAGCUGGACCCACAGGCCGCCGAACAUAUUCGUCGCAGAAGACCAACUCCUGCUACUCUACAGAUCUACAGACAACCAGGCGCAGAUGUUGGAGAUCAACACAUGGCCAGUGGAGAGACACAGGCCUCAGAAGGUUCUCAAAGGAAGCAGAGUGCCUAUGCCCCGCCCACCAUGAAAGGUAAGCUGGAAACUUCAGUACCUGAAGAGGAUGAAGAAGCCAACUCUCAGGGGGAUUGAACAUGGGGAAAACAUUACCAGUGGCCAUAUCAUCUCUGAUAUUCUGGACAAACCAUGGCAGACUCUGGCAUCCAUCUAAAGUCAAGCAGCUACACGACAGGACAUUGAUUCUCCACUCUCGGAGGAGUCUACUUCCGUACAGUUCAUUAUGAGACUGGGGUCAGCAGUAAACGUUUUAAUGGGUUAAUGUUGUGACAUGUAGAACCAGAUUCCUUGAUUCAGUUGCCCAUUCUCUGGAAACAGGAGUCACUUCAAUUUAACAUCCUCUUCUGUAUUUCACUUUAGAAUAUUAAUCGAAUAUGUUAAAAACAUUUAGGGCUAAUUUAUGUUCUUGAAGUAAUACUGUAAUUUUAUCAAAAGCACCAUAAGCAUCAUGAACCUCCACAGUCAACAUGUUGAUAUUUGGGGUAGAAAACAUACGGAAUAGCUUGUUAAAUAGCUGUAAACUAACAAAUGUCAUCAUAUUUAUUUUGUGGUUUCAACAUUAACACGCAGAUAAAAAUGCAGGCUAAUUGUAGUUAAGUUGGAUCAACCAAGUGCAUAAUUGUACUGGCUUAUUAUUAUGUUAAACUAAUUAUUAAUAGCUAUUAGUUCCUUGUUUCAAUCUAAUCAAUUGCACCUUGUGAAAAUUAAAUAGAAGUAAAGCUAACAUUAGUUAACCUCUUCAUAGUAUCUGUUAAAAAAACAAAACUAGGUAACUAAUGGUACUUUUCCACUAGUGCUAUCAGCUCAACUCACCUCAGCUUGGGAUAGCUUUUUUUUGUUGCCAUUUCCAAUGUAUGAGAGGACCACCAGGUACUAUCACAUGAUACUUCUAGUAUUAUCUUUGCAGACAAGCCAAAGCAACACUUAAUAUGACAUAAUAUACAGAUGACAGAUUGAGGGACACUCAGCCAACUUGGCAAGAAAUCUUUGAAAACAUCCAAGCACAUUUUCAGCUAGGCUCUAUCUGGAUCAAUGGCAAGUUUUUAAAAUUAUAUUCUCACUUGAAAAAAAAACUUGUCCUCUGUCAAAAAUUUAAGAUACACUUUUAAGUUUCAUCCUCCACCUCCAUUCUUGCCUCAUUCUACUAGACACAGUAUUGAGUGGUAUUAGUUUUGAUGAUUUCAUUACAGUGGGACCAGUCAGUGGGUGGGAUAUAUUAGUCAAAAAGUCAACAUUUAGCCCUCAAAGUUGAUGUGUUAGAAAUAGCAAAAUGGGCAAAGUCAGUCAGUUCUUACGUUAUUCAUUCAGUUGCUUCUAACACAUCAGCCUCAAGGACUAAAUGUUCACAUUCUGCCUAAUAAUUCCAACCCAGUGAAAGGUCCCAUUGUAAGGAAAUAAUCAACAGCAUUACCACUUCUCCUGCCAGUGGGUAGAUGUUACGGCUGAUCAGUGUGACUGCAGUGUCAAAUAUGUUAUGCUGGUGCCACAUCUGAGCCUAGUUUUAAGUCAAGGUUGGUUAUACUUGAUACCUUUAGUGGAAAAGUGUCUUGACUUUCUUGCUACAAUCAGCAUUGUCAUAAGUAAAACUGGUUUUGCAACAGAAGUCCGUCACUCAAGACUGAUAAUUUGUGAAUUAGCAUGAGGAUUACCACAACUUUGUAUCCCUCCCCAAACUCUCAAAAUGUUAAAGCAACACCACAGAACUUUUGAUCGUGGGGUCCCCCUAAAGUCAAGAAACGGUAUUGUCUGUAACAACUGUCGUAAAAUUUCUCGCGCAUUUGUUGUCAAGCCAUUGAUGCCAGCAAACUUCCUGAGGCAAGACAGGACACAUACUGAAAGAAAUUUGUUAGGGACUUCCUCAGUGAGACAUGAUUAAAACCACCCAAUAUAAAGUUCAAAGCCUCCGGCAAGAUAGUCUGCGAUCUCUGUAUAACAUCAAAUACAGAGGCAGAAUUGGCAUUUCCCUCUCCAAAGUGAAAGUGAAACUUAAGACGUGUCACUAGUUCCUCUACGUCUCCCGCUGUUGUGAAGCUCAUUUACCUUUUCCCUACCUCCUGAAACUUUGCAGACUUUAAUUUGAGGGGGCAGGACAUUUGUUUUUUCCAGUUCUAGGGGGGGCAAACCCCCCUAGAACCGGCUCCGGAGGGAGCUGCCAGUUCAAGGGGGGCAACAACACCAACAAAAGUUCAACGUCGGGUGUUCAGAUUUAUUCUCUGAUAAUAACGGAGCUGCAGUAUUGUUCAUUAAUAUACACAUAGCCCACCUCCCUGUGUUUUGAUCAUUGUUUCAGUAUUGUGGUCCAGCUGGAAAGGGGUACUGAAGCCAUCAAUGGCGAGAUCGGAGUUGUGGUCCUGUUCAGUGAGCCAUGUCUCGGUGAAAGCCAUGGCACAACAGUCCUUAAAAUCCUUUUGGAAGCGAACAUUCCCCUGGAACUUGUCUCCUUUAUUUCUUAAAAAUAAACAUAAAAGCUCAAAAGUCGGGACGCCAAACUCCUAACUACCAGUCACUGCCUGCGCAUGUACCUGUCAAUUAUGUUGACGUAUGCUGUAAAGCAGUAACAUUUUGUUGUUCUUUUUGUGUAGGGGUAUGCACCCGAAGACAAAAGUUGCAUAGUGCCAGUGCAGGCAAGACAGACACUCUGGAGGGAUGACAAAAGUGUAAUUAAACCUAUUGCGAGUUGUUGUUCCACCAAAAUGGCCUUGAAAAUAUAGUUUGAAGGCUGAAAAUGUCUGUUGUGUUGCUUUAAUUAUGAGAAAAAGAAUCAUAGUGCAAAAAACUAUGUAUCAGUCAUGUAAUGAGUAGCCUAUUUUUGUUAAGGUGGCAGUUUACAAUUCACCAGCACUGUAGAGGUAUUUCAUUGUAUAUGUUUUGAAAUGUGUCAAGGAGGUCAGUGUAAAUACUACCAUAUGUGGUAGCAGUGCUAGUAGAUCUUCAACCAGACAUAAGUCUGUCUAAUGCUUUGACUUGUUCUAUUAGGAAAAGCUCAUUUGUUGUUGAUAAUAUUAAUGAGGACUUAGUUCCAUUAGACUUUUCCAGAGACAUUGGACAAAAGAAAACCCUUUACAGACAUACAACUGCCAUUUUCUUCUGAUGUCAUGCUCACGGUAGGAAACUCAGUAUGAACUUCACAUCCUGAAAAUGAUAUCAGAGGAAAUGGAGCCAUGUCAAUGUGGUCUACCCAACUAUUUUUAAUAUUAUUUAUACUUCAGUAUUUCAUACCUUCACAGGUCAAAUGUCUAUGCUAAAAAAAGGUCCAUUGUCACUAUAAAUGGCUGCCAUGUCAAUAUGGUCAAUGUUACUGUUUGUUACACCUCUGCAAGUCACAGUCAUUUUGAUCCAUUGUAUAAUGUCAGAGAUAUCUAACUAUUUACCGUUAAAACAGUGGAAUUUCCAAAUGUUACUUUUUUCCCUUUUGGAGAGUUGUACUACUCUAUCGAGAUACUGCAACUAUGCAAAUUUUGACUGGUUUUUAAAUAAACUGGAUGUGGUCUGA